GAUGAGAUUCCCGCGUCAAGAUAAAGCGAGGUUUUCGGGCUCCUCGUGGGUGACGUUGGGGCGCUAGGACCCAGCAAGCCGGAGCACGCUUACACCUGUGCCGAAGGCGGCGGAGUUCCCCACCGCCUCGCCUGAGGUCGGCUGCAGGUGAGAAGGCAGGCAGGCAGUGAGGCAGUUGCCCCUCCUUCCAGGACUUCGCCUGCUCCAUCCCCUCUCACGUUGCCAGCUUUGCGCGUGAAGUGGCUCCUCCGAGCCCCGACCUCUUCUUCAAGCUCUUUGCUGGUGGUGGGCUGCUGCCGAUUCGGACGAACCAGUAGUUUCAACGAUCAGAUGGCCCCGCCCACCCACCCCCACCCUAUCGUGUCCUAUAUUUCCUUCUUUCUGGCUCAGCUGAUUCGUGCGGCACAGCUGAUUUCCGCGCCUCCGCUGUUCUACUUACCAGGGCUGCCUUAGAAGGUUUGGAAGAAGAUGCUGAGAUUCCACAGAUCAACUGAAGCUUUGAGAAGAGCGUACCUCUGAUGAAGGAGUAAUUGCCGGACCUCAGCCGUGAUGAGGCUACUCCGGAGGCAUUAUGGCCCACUAAAGCUAGCUUUGGUGGGUAUUGUCUUUGUAAUCUUCCUCUUCAUAAUGCAAAGAGAUGUGGGCAAUGGGGAACAAAAGGAGGAGCCAUGGCUGAAAAAUAUUGUGGACAGGAAAGACCAGAUGAUAGAUAUAAUGAUGGGAGCUGUCAACAAUAUCCGUGACUCUAUGCCAAAGCUGCAGAUCCGGGCACCUGCUCAACAAGAGGCACUUGAGCAGGACAGCAAGUCUUGCUUGCCAGGCUAUUACACACCAGCAGAACUGAAGCCCUUCAUGGAACGUCCGCCACAGGACCCCAAUAGCCCUGGUGCUGAUGGAAAAGCUUUCAAGAAGGACCAGUGGACACAAGAAGAGACAAAGGAGAAAGAACGUGGAUAUGAGAAGCACUGUUUUAAUGCCUAUGCCAGUGACCGCAUUUCUCUUCAAAGGGCCCUCGGACCUGACAGUAGGCCUCCAGAGUGCAUCGAUCAAAAGUUCAAACGCUGCCCACCCCUUCCGACCACCAGUGUCAUUAUUGUCUUCCAUAAUGAAGCUUGGUCCACGUUGCUUCGCACUGUCUAUAGUGUGCUGUACUCUUCUCCAGCUAUAUUGUUAAAGGAAAUCAUUCUUGUAGACGAUGCCAGUACAGAUGACUACUUGAAAGACGAGUUGGACAACUAUGUGAAGCAAUUGCAGGUAGUCAGAGUCGUCCGGCAGUUGGAGAGAAAGGGCUUAAUAACUGCCCGAUUGCUUGGUGCCAGUGUUGCCAAGGGUGACGUCCUCACUUUCUUGGAUGCUCAUUGUGAAUGUUUCCACGGAUGGUUAGAACCUCUCCUAUCGCGCAUUGCUGAAGAGCCCACAGCUGUGGUCAGCCCAGAUAUCACUACCAUUGACCUGAACACCUUUGAAUUUUCCAAGCCCAUCCAAUAUGGGAAGCAGCACAGUCGGGGAAACUUCGAUUGGAGUCUUACUUUUGGCUGGGAGGCUAUCCCUCAACACGAGAAGCAGAGAAGAAAAGAUGAGACCUACCCAAUCAAGACUCCUACAUUUGCUGGUGGUCUCUUUGCCAUUUCCAAGUCCUAUUUUGAACAUAUUGGCUCUUAUGAUGAUCAGAUGGAAAUCUGGGGAGGGGAAAAUGUAGAGAUGUCUUUUCGGGUUUGGCAGUGUGGAGGCCAGCUGGAGAUUAUUCCCUGCUCUGUAGUGGGCCAUGUGUUCCGUUCCAAGAGUCCACACACCUUCCCCAAAGGGACUCAAGUCAUUUCUAGGAAUCAGGUGCGCUUGGCAGAAGUCUGGAUGGAUGACUAUAAGGAAAUCUUCUACAGAAGGAACCAGCAGGCCUCACAGAUGGCCAGAGAGAAAACAUAUGGAGACCUCGGUGAGCGACUGCAGCUGAAGGAGCAGUUACACUGCAAAAAUUUCAGUUGGUAUCUACAAACUGUUUAUCCUGAAAUCUUCAUUCCAGACCUCACUCCAGCUUUCUAUGGAGCGAUUAGAAAUGAAGGUGCACAGCAGUGUCUGGAUGUUGGAGAAAACAACCAUGGUGGAAAACCUUUAAUUUUGUAUCCUUGUCAUGGGAUGGGAGGCAACCAGUAUUUUGAAUACACAUCCCAGCGAGAUCUGCGACACAACAUUGGCAAGCAGCUGUGCCUCCGAGCCAAGAAGGGGGCUGUUGAGUUGGGAGACUGUCACUAUACAGGGAAACACUCCCGAGUGCCAGAAAAUGAAGAAUGGGAACUGACGCAUGAUCACCUGCUUAAGAAUGUAGCAAUUAACUGGUGUUUGUCUGCAAGAGGUGAGCAUCCAUCCAUGGCUCCCUGCAACACUGCAGACGCUCAUCAGAUUUGGCACUUCAGCUAAAGCAGUCCAAGAAAAAGACCAAAGCAGCUCUGAAAUGCAUCUCCUGUCAAAGCUCCCAUUCUUCUGAACUUGCUUUCUAGCAACAGAGGGUACAUUUCAGGAAACGAGAGGGGGAACCAAUUUGCUGCAUCAUCCAAAAUUUGCCUGUAACACUCUUGUGCCUUUUGCAAUAAGGUCAAAACGGCCAACAUUGGUAUAUCGGUUUAUUUGGGCUUUCCUUGAUAAAAAUAAUUGCAAGCUGGUAUGUUUGCUCUUUAGAAUACUAGAUGCAUUAUCAAAGUAUCUGAGGCUAAUUAUACUGGUGAUGUUCAUAUGGCUGUAGAGAAAAAAAUGGCCAUCAGCCAGAUGUGAACUCAAACGUUUCCCUAAUUUGUAUGUUGUGAAUAUUAUAGGAAGUAGUGCCUUGAGGCUCUAUCCUAAGGAAUAAAUUGUCUGCGUUGUAGUUUAGAGAAUAAUUGGAUGCCAAAGAUAAUGACUUUAAUCUGUUACAUUAGAAAACGUGGCUUCUGACAAUACUCAGCAUUGGGAGGAGAAAUCUCCAUAAUUCUAAUGCUUUCUCAGCUGUCUUAAAGGUCUUUGCACUGACAUGCAGGUGAGCAGUAGGUAAAUGUCUGCUUCCAAAGACUCAGUGCAGCCACCUGCAAUUAAAAUAGCAAAUGCUGGCCUGCAGUAUUGUUGUGCGACUGAAAUCCUAGCCCUUUUGCACAGGCUAUGGCCCGUGUUUUACCUCAAGCUUCGGAAUCUUUGCCAGCAUGCUGCAGGUAGCAACUGAUGAUUCUGUGGAAGAAUUAAAACUGUGUCCUCUAGCUGCAAAUUGAAGAGAAGGAGUUCCUUCCCCAUGUCUGAGCUUGAUGUGCCUUUUAAUUCUCCUCAUAACCCCUGCAGUCUAGGCCUUCAGAAGGCUGCAACUUGCUUCCAUUUUUUAUGACUAAACAGGGCCCAGCCUGGCUUUCCUAAACUGCACUGGUGUUAACAUCCUGCAGUGGGAGAUGGUAUGUGGUUUGAUUUCAGAUACAUCCAUAGCCUUAGUGGUACACUGCAAUGCCAGGAAUAAGGAAAGCUGCUAAUGUGCCUUUUAAAAAACAAAACAAAACAACACUAGCAGAGCAGGAAGCUGUCUCUCAUGAGAAACCAGCUGCCAAACAAAUUAUUUACUCACGUCAGUGGAUAGGAGUUAAAGCAGCGCAAAACCCCAAAUUUGUGUGUGUGUGUGUCUGUCUGUAUAUUUGUGUUUGCAUUUUGUUGACAAGAAAUACCCACUAGGAAAGCAACUUGAGUAAAGUGAUCAUGGUUACUGCUAAUCAAAGUGAUCUGCUGGACCAAAAAUUUGCCCUUAUUAUUUGUUUGUAAUGUUUCUAAGAAAACAUUCAGAUGUACAUUUCUUGAGUUUCCUCAGAUAAGGGCUCAAGAAAGGAGUGAGUCCUCUCUGUAACAAGGUUGUAAGCUCCCAAACAGCAACUUUCUUAUAAAUGACAAUUAUGCUGGUAAUACUUGUAACUUAUAAACAAUUAGCAUUUUCACCUUCAAUGGAAGGUAUAAGUCCAAAGGGAAAAACAGAUUUUGGAUUUUUGUAACUACUGGGUAUUUUAUGAGCAUACCACACUUUUAAUUGCCGAUUGGUUGACAUUACAGAUCAAAACCUAUCUGCAUGAUUCCAUCUUUCCAUUUUAAAAAGGACAAGGCUGGUUUCUAUACAAUUCUUUUAGCAUUUUCACCUUCAAUGGAAGGUAUAAGUCCAAAGGGAAAAACAGAUUUUGGAUUUUUGUAACUACUGGGUAUUUUAUGAGCAUACCACACUUUUAAUUGCCGAUUGGUUGACAUUACAGAUCAAAACCUAUCUGCAUGAUUCCAUCUUUCCAUUUUAAAAAGGACAAGGCUGGUUUCUAUACAAUUCUUUUAGCAUUUUCGAAGAACGGAGACAGGGUGAAAGGACUUAGAUUCUGAAUGCAGGAGCUAGCAUUAGAAAUUUUAAUUCAUCUGCUGGAAAAAAUUUCCGUUGAAACAAAAGUCUUGCUCUGGUAAUCUUGACUGGAAAUAAUAAAGCUGAUAACUAUUUUAUGAGGAAAUUCUGUGUUGGGUUCAUUUUCUUUUCACUUAUUCUGCAUUUCUUUAUAAUUAAUGUUAGAGCACACU